AUGUCAACCUCUCGCGAUCGAAUCUCACUUGCGCGCCAUAACUAUCCCCAAUCACCCUUCAACCGCGCGCGUGAACCCAACUACGAAUUCAAUCUAGAUACCGACAACUUCCCUACCCCUUCCAAACAGAAUGGAUCACGUCCUCACCACAAUUACCGAACAAGCACAUUAGCCGGAGCCUUUCGAGCCGUGUCGGGUUCUUCGAUGGAGGAAGGCGCGCGGCUGGGCUCGUUCACGAGUCCUAAACAGACGCGGGAACCACUCGACGCGCUCUCCCCCAAUUCCAAUAGAUCAGAACCCCCAGAAGAGCUCCUGGACUCAUAUCGAAGAAUUGGAGAAGACGGAUCGUUAGCGGACUACGUGGCGUCAGAUGGGUGGGGAGCGUCACUGGGGGCUCGUACCGCAAGUCGCUCACCAUCCCAAACAAGGGGUCGCGACUAUGAGAGAUUUGCCCGCCAUGGACUGGCAAUAUCGGAGCCGAGCCUGUUUAGUGACGCUGGAAGACCUUCCCCGCGCCAGAGGAAUACCGAUUACACCAAAGAUGAGAUGCGACUCCGACGCGUGACCGGCAAGGACUCUCCUGUGUUCAGCAAGGCCAAGGCUGGCGCACGGCAGGCAUUGACAGCGGAUAAUCUACAACGGCGCGAGGAGGAAAUUCAGAGUCAGCAUGUUGUGGAAGAGGAGGAAAAUAAUGAGUUUGGUCCCUCGCUGAAUUAUCCAGCUGCCUGGGGAAGUCGAGCCUCACGUCGACCGGACUGGGGUCGGAAAGUGAGCGAACGAAGCGUGUCGGAUCCAGAAUUGCCGGAUCAAACACUCGAAGAACGCCCAACGGACCGAGUUAGCGAACCUACAUCGAGGACACAACCAACAGACCAGCCACUCCCUAAACCUCGCCUCUCUUCCCGCUCACUGGAACGGAGCCGCGUCCCAACUCGCACUGUCCUCGAAGAACGCACAGCCAAUCCAAACCUGCAAGAUACACAAGAGCUUCAGGAGAAGCCCAAAGAACAUGAAUUCGAGUUUAACCAGAACAUGUCUGGUCAAGGCGAUCCUAUUCCUAACACACCUAUCGUGGUUUUCAAAACCUCAACGUUUAAUAGACCGAGUCCUUCAAAGCGAGACUCCCAAGACUUGCUACGUCGUUUAUCAAGAGCCGAGAGCCCCAGGAUGGAUCAAAUCCAGACGCCGGAACAAACAAAGCUCUCCCAGCCCCGCAUUUAUGAUAAGACACCUCGAGUAACAGGUGCAUGGAUCGAUACUCCUAUGACGGCAAAAGUGGCUCCAAUUCCGGUUGACUUGACCAAAGAUAUCGUCCGUCCGCCCGCGGCUCCAAAACCAGUCGAGCCCUCAGUCGAAUCUUCAGUUGAGCCCUUGGUUGAGCCCCUGGUCGAGAAAAAAAGGAACCUCCCUGUGGUGGCUCCGACGCAGGCCCCUGCUCAGACCCAAGCCCAACCUGAAAUCCCAAAGAUUGAACCAAACAUCACAACAGAAUCCCAAAAGGAAGAAUCAAAACCCGUCAAACGAUCAAGGCCACAAGUUCUGCGACCGAAACUGCCAAAGAGCGGACUAGAAACAGUCAUUGAGGACGCCAGCUCCGGAAAGGAGACACUCGAUCUAGGAGAUGACACCAUCGAGUCUCUCCAGGCAAUCAUGGACGAUCCAAUGGUAAUGGGGUUAAAGACGGAGGAAGAGGAAGAGGCAGCUUAUGAGAAGGAGGUGCUCGAAAAAUUAGCAAUCGCCCGCUCGAAUGGGUCAAGCUCAGUUGAUCUCGACCGGCUGAAUGAAAAAUUGGCAUCUCUCGCAAAGAACAUCAAUGAGGUGAAGAAGGGCCUCAACAACCUGGAGGAACAUGUCAGUCAGAGCGUGCUAUCAUCUCGGCCAAGUUCUCCCACAAAGGUGGCUGAGCCAACACCACAUACUACACACAACAGCGAGUCCUGCACGUCUUGUGUCUCACACUCUGACGGUCGUCUAUAUGCUGCAAUCCCACUUCCUCAGCUGUGGACGAAGAACCCAAUCACCCGGCGUCGCCAGCUCACUAAGCUGGGCUGGGUCACGCUCGUGUCGCUGUCGUGGUAUGUCAUUGAGUGCAUGAUGAUUGAUCAGUACUGCCACCCAAUCAUGAGCGACACAUGCGAGGGUUAUUGUCUUCAGCCCGAUGCACCCGAAUUCCCAUGGGUGACCGUGACGAUGAUGUGGCGCUGGUCUCAUCUGUCAUCUAUCCUUAUGCCCAUUUUCACCCUGGUGCUGGCCAUGCUACGACUAGUGGCCCAACUGCUCGGGCUAUGGGAUGGCUAUGUGGAUGAACCAGGACGCCUGGGUAAUAUUAUAGGCGAGAUCCGCAUCAACGGCACUCCAGUCUCAUUCCCGUGGUUGACAGCUCCUGAGCCCCAGGGUGUCCCUAUCCCUAUUCCUCCUCCUUCUCCUCCUUCCCAACAACAAAAACAACACCAACCUGUGUGGACACCGACGCCGCGCAAUGAUGCCCCUGUCAAAUUUUACAGGGACGAUGACCAGCCAUCAAUUGAUGAUGAUGAAUAUCUUUAG